AGUUGAGGUUGCUGUCAGAUCACGGCCAUGACGAGGGAGCAAUCAGCCAUAACGCUUCGUUCAAGUAUUUGAGCUUCGUCAUUUGAGUGGAUCGAAGCAGCUAAUGCACAUGUCAUUAUCGGUUGCCACUUGCCAGAUCUGUUUUAAGCAAUGAUCAAGGUAAUGCACCGUGUAUCCGGUUCAUUUAAUGGGCCGCUGUUCCAAUAUUGUCAGGCCUGUCAGUUAAAGUGCUCCCGUCCGACAACAACCAUCUAAUCGUCUGUCAUACCGCCCGACAACUGCUAGCCAUCUGUCAUCCCACUCGACAUCCUUCUAAUCAUUCGUCAUACAGCCCGACAACAUCUUUCCAGACGUCAGUCGUCCCGCCUGGCUUCCACUCUCCACUGCCGGACCCGUGCACCGCACGGCAGCCUCCGCCGAUUAGCGGCUCCGGCACUGAUGAUUAGUGUGACGAGGCCCCUGGUGAUUGGUGACGACACCCCCCCCCCACCCCACCCCCUCCCGACCGUCCGGCCCCCCGGUCACGGAUAACUGCGGUCAGCCGGGCGUCGGGUAUAUAAGAGAAGACGUGCACAGUGGCUCACACUCACACUUCUCACGGGUCCGGCAGCCAAUCAACGUCACCGUCGUCAUGAAGCUGUUCGUUCUGUUCGCCCUGGUGGCCGUAGCUGCCUGCCAGUACGUGCCUGGCAGCGACAAGGAGGCCCAGAUCGUCAAGAACCUGUACGAGGCGGCCGUGGACAACAGCUUCGUGACCGACGUGGAGACCUCCAACGGCAUCCUGGUCAAGGCGUACGGCGAGAGCCUGCCGGGCCCCGAGCCGGAGACGGGCACCUCGCGCCAGAGCGGCAGCUACCAGUACGUCGCGCCCGACGGCCAGACGAUCCGCGUCGAAUGGGAGGCCGACGAGAGGGGCUACCGCGCCACCUCGGACGUCAUUCCCGAGGGAGCCGACGGCCGGGCGGCCGCCACCGGCGAGCAGCAGUUCUAGACGGGCGCCGAGCGACGGGCCGCGUCGGCACCGACAGCCGCCGACGCGCCGGAAUUGACAUCAAGGAGCGCCCACCUGGACCGGAGAUGUCACGUGUGAUCCUGUGUAAUAUAAACGCCAAACGAAUCCUAUAUACACUCAUGAUAUUACA